UGAAUAAACUGUUCGAUGUUGGGAUUUCACUCACCCUUAUUUUCAUCUGAGUUGUGAAUCAUCGAGACAUCAUCUUGAAGAUCAUGAUUUUGGAAGGAGCUGGCAGAAUGAGUAUCAAUUCCAGCAGUAAUCUACUCCACCAGCAGCCUUCCUGGACAGACGGAUAUUCCACAUGCAAUGUAUCCAGUAGCUUCUAUGGAACCCAGUGGCAUGAAAUACACCCUCAGUACUGGACUAAGUUUCAAGUCUGGGAAUGGCUGCAGCAUCUCCUUGAUACCAACCAACUGGAUGCCAACUGCAUACCUUUCCAGGAGUUUGAUAUCAACGGGGAGCAUCUGUGUAGUAUGAGCCUGCAGGAAUUCACUCAGGCAGCUGGGACAGCAGGACAACUGCUUUACAGCAACCUUCAACACCUAAAAUGGAAUGGCCAGUGUGGUAGUGAUAUGUACCAAUCUCAUAAUGUCAUUGUGAAGACAGAGCAAACAGAUCCGUCAUUAAUGGUGUCCUGGAAAGAAGAGAAUUAUCUGUAUGACAGUGGCUAUGGUAGCACAGUAGAGUUAUUGGACAGUAAAACAUUCUGUCGUGCUCAGAUUUCCAUGAUGACACCUAGUCACCAAUCUUCUGACUCUUCAGAUGCAAAAAAAUUGCAAGAUCAUACCCCAAAGUCCCACACCAAGAAGCACAACCCUCGAGGAACUCAUCUUUGGGAAUUUAUUCGAGAUAUUCUUCUCAAUCCUGAGAAAAAUCCAGGAUUAAUCAAGUGGGAAGACCGGUCAGAAGGUGUCUUCAGAUUUUUAAAAUCUGAAGCUGUGGCUCAGCUCUGGGGAAAGAAGAAAAACAACAGCAGCAUGACUUACGAGAAACUCAGCCGGGCUAUGAGAUACUACUAUAAAAGAGAAAUCCUGGAGCGUGUGGAUGGUCGGAGAUUAGUAUAUAAAUUUGGAAAGAAUGCCCGUGGUUGGAGAGAAAAUGAGAAUUAAAUAUAUCAAGAAAUAACAUUUAAAACACGUGGAUGUAAAUAUUCAAAGACUAUUUUCUUAUAUUUAUGUACCAAACUGGGGUGAAAAAACAAUUCUACUUCUGUCGGGAAGAAAGAACAUUAUCAUUAUUGGUGUUAAAAUUAUUUUAUUUGAAGUAAGUCCUGUAUGGGGAAAAAAUGUACACAGUUUUCUGUGAUAUAAGUUAACAUUAUAGAAUUACGAUUAUUUUUCCCUUCUUGUGAAGUUUUCCUCUUUUUUUUUUUAAAUCAUACAGGCAUAAUGUGAUUUAUGAGUCGUGAAAAGAAAGGGAAGGAGCUAAAUACUAGGGCAUUUAGGGAGUAUGAUAAUCCACUUUGGAAGGCAACUACAAGUGGAGAAAACAGUAAAGCAUCUCUGAGCCAAGUAGCCUUCUUCCAUAGUCAGCUGGUUUAUAGCUUUCAUUGGCCAAUACUACUUGUUCCUUCCCUUCUCUGAUUUCUGAGUGUUUUAACGCUUUGCUGGCUUUCAGCUGCUUGUUGAAUUAGACAGUGGGUUCCUCUUCAGUUGGUUUAUCGCAGCCACAGAAAGCAGUGGCUCAGCAAGGUGGCUGUCAGCAUUUAUGUGGAGAACCCAUACUACCUCCAGCACUGUGACCUUCUUUUGCAGGCAGAAGUUUAGGACCAGACCUUAUCUGAUACGGAGUAUCCUAAUCUCCAAAGAGCAUCCAGCUCAUCCCAGGAAAAGGGCUAUUUGUUUUAACUAAUAUCUUGGAGGUGAACUGCAGGAAGGGAGUCAGACUUGGGGACCAAAAGAUAUUGAAGGAAGAUGAUUGUUUUCUGACUGUGCAAACCUACCAAAAGGCACUUGUUUCCCAGUAGGAAUAUUUAUAGUCCUCUUGUGCUCUUGCACUCCUAAUUAAAGCAUUCAAAUCCAUGCCAUGUAGAACUGUGAGGAGAUGGGCAAGCAGAACAUAUGUUAGUCCCAUGACAUGAGGAAGUGGUCUGCAGUUUCUUCAAGUUGUAUGAUCCUCCUGGCAGGUCAAGUCUCACUUGGACAGAUACUUUCAAGAAACCUUUGAGAAAUGCAAAAAACCCCUUUGUGUAAAAUAUUAGUUUUCCCUUUGCUUUUUCUCAAGUCUAACUCUGUAUUGUAUUUGUAUUUGUAUUUCCAAGUUGUGCUUGGAAUUCUUGGUUGGAGAAAAACCCGUCAACUUAAAGGCAUUGAGAUUUUGGGGACAUUCAGAUCUGGGUCGGUAUUUUGGGCUCAUCUCUAGCAGUGCUGUGCAGAUACUGUAUGUUCAUUGGCAGCUUUUUCUUUCUCUCUCCACAAAUGCUUCCUGCUGACACCAACCACAUCCAGGACAUGGGGAAAUAAAAACUAGAGGAGGCAGCUCUUCACCAGGUCACUGAGUACAUGAGAUGUGGGAGUUGAGAAACAGGAUUUUCUUGGUGAUGUUAACAGAGGUGAAACCAAGAUCAAUACCAACUCACUUUUUCAGGGAUGGGGACUUUGGAAAACAAUAACAAGGGCUGAGAAGUCCAAGAUAAAAAAAGAAAGAAAAAAAAUUGAGAUUAAAAACAUUAAAUCCGUCCAAUAUCCGUUUUCUCAGGAGUCCCUUGGGUUUGAAUCUGUAUUAGCUUGAAAUUCAGCAGGGUACAGCUGGAGGUUGCAGGAUAUUCCAUUUUUUGUUUGUCUUGAAAGGAAAUAGAGAUGAAACCAAGAGACAACAGAAGUAUCAAUAUAAAGGUUAUAAAAUGCGCUUAGCAACAAUUUGUAGGCAAA